CUCUCUCUCUCUCUCUCUCUCUCUCUCUCUCUCACACACACAUGCACACACACACAGUCGCUGCUGCCAGCCCUCCACUUACAGCUCCAGCCUUUCAAAGCUGUUUUUCCUCUGGAGAUCAGCACACGGUUUAACACCACACAGCUGCCACCGAAGAGACUGAGGGAAGGAGAGAAGAGUGAAUAGAGAAAAUAGGGAGCAAAAAGAAGAAGAGCAGGAAAGUGUUUUCAAAUACUCCAGGUUUUUUGUGUUUUGAAAUACUCCGUUUUUAUUUAGUUUACUCCUUGGGACCAUUCAAAGAAGAGAAGAGAGUCUGAGUUCACAGGAAAUUAUCAGAGUGAAUGGGUUGCCAUGGUAACUGACACUGGCAGCCUGACACGAGAAAACUCUAUGUUUAAUGGAGGAAGAUCCUCGGUGGUGGCAAGCAAGCGAAAGUAACAGGGAUUUAAGGGAGGUGAGAGGGAACAAGAGAGGAGUGAGUGGAGGAGCGCGGUGGAAGUCCAGAAUGGAGGACGGGUUUUCCAGCUACAGCAGCCUCUAUGACACAUCUUCGCUGCUGCAGUUCUGUAACGAUGACAGUGCGUCGGCAGCCAGCAGCAUGGAGGUCAUGGACCGCAUUGCCUCCCUGGAGCAGCGUGUCCAGAUGCAGGAGGACGAGAUCCAGCUGCUCAAGUCAGCGCUGGCCGACGUGGUGCGCCGCCUCAACAUCUCUGAGGAGCAAAACGCCAUGAAUAACAGGAGGGGACCCACUAAAGCCAGACCCAUGAUAGCUGCCCUGCCUCUAAGGCACACUGUCAGCAACGGCACUGUCCUGCCCAAGAAAAGUUGUGGCACGCUACCGUCCCCCACCAGCUCCAGGAAGGAUGCUGCUGUACCAGCAACCAAAAGUCUCUCCAGUCUGUCUGGCAUACCCACCAGACUUAUCUACAUCACUUCUCCUUACAGCACUGUGAGGAGAACCAACUCCAACGAAACGAUGGGUACACUGACUCGUAAAGACAGCGGCGACUCCAAGAGCAACCGCACCCGCACCGGCUCUACCGGGAGCAACUCCAGCGGCAAGAGAGCCAGCGAAAGCAAACUUAAGGAGCCCGUUUUCAAUGCAGGGAUGCGACGAGUGACACACUGCAAAGAGGAAGGGUAUGUGAAAAUUUAUUUGAAGGGACGACCCAUCACCAUGUACAUGCCCAAAAACCUUGUGGAGACCUACUGCCUGGAAGCCAAAUCGGACCUGCCAAACAUAAAGCUCAAACUGGACUGGGUUUAUGGGUACAGGGGACGUGACUGUCGCUCUAACCUGUACCUGCUACCCACGGGAGAGACGGUCUACUUCAUUGCAUCUGUUGUGGUGCUGUACAACGUGGACGAGCAGCUCCAGAGACACUACACCGGGCACACUGAUGACAUCAAGUGUCUGGCUGUCCAUCCUGAUAAAAUCACCAUAGCAACGGGACAGGUGGCAGGCACCUCUUCUGAAGGCAAACAGUUGGCUCCUCAUGUGCGGAUUUGGGACUCUGUGAGCCUCAACACCCUCCACAUUCUGGGGACAGGUUUCUUUGACCGCGCCCUGGUUUGUCUUGCCUUCUCCAAGUCGAAUGGAGGCAACACGCUGUGUGUAGUAGACGACUCCAAUGACCAUGUGCUCUCUGUGUGGGACUGGCAGAGAAAGGAAAGACUAGCUGAUGUCAAGUGUUCCAACGAGGCAGUGUUCGCUGCCGACUUCCACCCCACUGACACCAACAUUAUAGUCACGAGUGGGAAGUCACACCUCUACUUCUGGACACUGGAGAGGGGUACCCUUACCAAGAAGCAAGGCUUGUUUGAGAAACAAGAGAAGCCCAAGUUUGUCUUGUGUGUGACUUUUUCAGAAAAUGGAGACACCAUAACUGGAGACUCAAGUGGAAAUAUACUGGUGUGGGGAAAAGGCACUAAUCGAAUUAGCCACGCCAUUCAGGGUGCACACGAGGGGAGCAUCUUUGCACUGUGUAUGUUGAGGAACAGCACACUGGUGUCAGGGGGAAAAGAUCGGAAACUCCUCUCUUGGGAUGGGAGCUACCAGCAGAUCCAAUCGGUUGAGGUUCCUGAGUUAUUUGGCCCCGUCCGCACUGUUGCCGAGGGCAAAAGGGAGAGUGUGCUUAUUGGGACCACCAGGAACUAUGUUCUACAAGGCAGUUUAUAUGGCGAAUUUACCCCCAUCACACAAGGUCACACCGAUGAGCUGUGGGGGUUGGCCGUGCACCCUUGGAAACCCCACUUCCUCACCUGUGGCCACGACAAGCAUGUCAGCCUGUGGGAUGCCUCCUCGCACCAGCCUGUCUGGACCAAGACUAUGGAGGACGCAGCUCAGUCUGCUGGAUUCCAUCCCUCUGGAGCAGUGGUUGCUAUAGGAACGCAGACCGGCAGGUGGCUGGUGCUGGAUACUGACUCUAAGGAUCUAGUCACAGUGCACACAGACGGGAAUGAACAGCUGUCUGUUAUACGCUUUGCACCGGAUGGCAAUUUCCUGGCGAUUGGCUCUCACGACAACUACAUCUAUAUCUACGCAGUGGGGGAGAGUGGCAGGAAGUACGGUCGAGUGGGAAAGUGCUCGGGCCACUCCAGCUUCAUCACCCAUCUGGACUGGUCAGUGGACUCGCAGUACCUGGUGUCCAACUCAGGAGACUAUGAGAUACUCUAUUGGAUCCCAUCAGUGUGUAAACAGGUGGUGAGUGUGGAGACCACACGGGACAUCCCCUGGGCCACGUCCAACUGCACUCUGGGCUUCCAAGUCUUUGGGUUAUGGCCUGACGGCUCCGACGGGACUGACAUCAACGCCGUCUCCAGAUCCAAUGACAAAAGGCUGCUCGUCACAGGAAACAACUUCGGAAAAGUCCAACUUUUCUCAUUCCCCUGCUCUCAAUUCCGGGCUCCCAGUCAUGUUUAUGGUGGACACAGCAGUCAUGUGACCAACGUAAAAUUCCUGUUUGACGAUAGUUGCCUGGUUUCCACUGGGGGCAAGGACAUGAGCGUCAUGCAGUGGCGGGUAGUGUGAGGUGGCCAUUUUGGGGCAACAGACAGACAGUUUCUUUAUGGAUCAGGGUAGGGUGGUAAGGGGAGGGUUGUACUCAUAGAGGCUUCCCUGUACAAUGAGCUUACAAUGAUGUUGCCCCAAGAAGCUGAUCUUGGAUCAGGUUUCUAUUUACCCCAUUAAUGGGUUAGAAUUUGGGGAGGGCUGAUUCUAGAUCUGUUCCUAGGGUUGACUUCACUCCAGAGUUUAGCUUU